AUCAUAAAAGAAAAAAAAAAAAAGGUGUGACUUUUCCCAAAAUCAUUCAGAAACACAUCGAAAACUAGCUAGGGUUCGUUUUCCAUCCCCAUCGAUCUCGAUUCAGCGAUGAUUUCAGCGAUUGAGUAUAAGAGAUCGGAAGAACCUCCUUCCCUUAAGCGUCCAAAGUUAGAGGAGGAGACAUCAUCGAAAUUAUCCAACGAUGAACCUCGUCCUGCUGACGACUCGUCGUAUGAUUCGGAUGAUUGGGAAACUUUAUCAGAUGAUUUCCGACUCUUAGAUGAAGAGUGGGACAAGAGCGGGGGUUUCGAUGUCGACUUGUCGAAACUGCGUCACACAUUCGGUUACGGAUCUGUGGAUCUGGACGAGUCUGACUUAGCUAGCAAUAGCGAGGAGCCUUAUGAUACCAACAACAGAGAUUUUCUCAACAGAUUGUCCAAGAUGGCUAUCUCCCACUACCACGAAAACACGGAUACAAGGCUGGAACUUGUCAAGGUUUUGAGAGCAAAUUUUCACCCAUCUGCUGCAAUUACACUCUACAUCACCUUCGAAGCAUAUGAUCUUUCGGAUGUUAAUAACCAGACAAAACGGUACCAGGCAGUGGUUCGCUACUUGCCCUGGGAUAUUAAAGUUUGCUCUUGCUGGCCUGCACCUUCAGCUUCUUGAAUUCUGAUAUUUCUGCUGAAAAAAAGUUUCCACCGGGCUGAGCUCAUGCAUCUAUGAAUGGGAAGCAAAAGGGCACUAGGAAGUUUCAUCUUGUCCCUUGAUUUUCUAUAUUUGAAAUUAAUAAGGUGUAUCGAGUUAUGGCCAAAUUAUACCUUGCUGCUUUCUCCGUGUUUUAAAGUCACUACUGUUUUCGUUCUAUGGAAGAUGUUCUUAUUAGUUACACUCCUUUUGUUUGGCCCUCACUGGUUCAGUUUGUUCAUUUCUUGACUACUUCUAGCUAGGCUUCUAGCUUUAUGGCAUUCCUUAGUUCAUCACA